GGGGGGUGGUGGGCCAUGGUUAUGCCUCAGUGAUGUUCAAAGCGCUUGGAGUCUUGAGGGGCCUUUUUUGUCUUUUACCAGACAUGAUAUGUUCAAGAUUUUUCACCAGUGAUGGAAGAGGAGCUUAGAUCAAUGAAUGAAUUAAAGAAAAAGGUUGACAAGAAGUAGUGAUUCAGUAGUUUCUGCAUGACCACCUCUGCUCACAGACACAUUUUAUUCGGACGGCUAAGAUGGAGCCCAGUGUUGUCAAGGCGGAGGUCCUGAUGAAAAUGUCUCAACAGAAGAAAAGAAUCUCCCCAAGGAAUUACAAAUACAGGCUCUUCGAACUCACCAGCAAUUGCAUAACCUACUACGAAUAUGAAAAGGGGAAAAAAGGAGCCAUGAAAGGCAGCGUGGCGACUGACAGCAUCUGCUGUGUGCAGACAGUGCAGCCUGAAGGCGAUGCCCCUGUUCAGAGACAGUUCCCCUUUCAGCAGAUAGUUUACGAUAAAGGGAUCCUGUAUAUUUUUGCAAAAGAUGAAGACAGCCGGAGAAGCUGGGUGGGGGUGUUGAGCGAAGGAACGAGGAACAACGCCAAGCUCAUGGAGACGUACCACAGUGGUUUCUACAUGGAAGGGAGGUUUCUCUGCUGUAAACAGACAUCGAAAGCUUCCCCUGGCUGCACUCUUUACAAGGCAGGUGAAUCUGAAAAUGCAACACCAGUCUUUAACAAAAGCCUACCACCUCUUCCUGGUUUGGAGGGAAGGGAUAGACUGGCGCUACCCCCCAUCCCAAAGGAAAUGAAGAGCUCACCAAGCCUCGUAGACACCUGGUGCAACGAUGCCACCAAGCCUGACCUUGAACGAGAGACAGACGACAGGUGGAAGGUCAAAAACGCUGAUGGUAACCAUGGUGGUGUCGCUCCUGCAUGCUUACAAGAGGCUGCUCUGGAUGGAAACUCCCUCACUGAGUCAAGGAAGAGACUGACUAAACGAUCUUGUACAGUAAAGUGCCAACAAAACAACAAACCCAAAAUGGACUUGUCAGAUCGUUCCAUCAGCUUUGACACUCAUUCAGCAACCCAGCCCCUCAUCUUCCCUCAGUCUGACAACGUGGAGGACUACUCGUGGUAUGGAGGGAACAUGUCCAGAGUGAAGAGCGAGACACUCUUGCAGCAAAUGGGGAAAGAAGGGGCCUUUCUGGUGAGGGAUUCCAGCCACAAAGGGUCGUACACUGUGUCAUUGUUCAGCCUGGCACUCAAUAAAACAACAGGGACGGUUCGCCAUUACCUCAUAAAUACCACCGAUGACAAGCAGUUUUACUUGGCGGAGAAUCUCUUGUUUGGCUCAAUCCCUAAAUUGAUCUCAUACCACCAACUAAACGGAGCAGGACUGCUGACGAGAUUACGACACCCAGCACUAGGCAGUGAUACGAUUCCCAGUUCAGGCUAUGGCGACUGGGAACUGCGCCGGGAGGAGAUAACUCUUGUAAGGCAGCUGGGCAGUGGGCAGUUUGGUGUGGUCCAGCUGGCUUUGUGGAAGGGGAGGUGUGAGAUCGCCGUCAAAACAAUCAAGGAGUGCUCCAUGUCCACCGACGAGUUUAUCGAAGAGGCCAAGAUAAUGAUGAGGCUGAAGCACCCCAAGCUGGUGUCCCUGCACGGGGUCUGCACAGAAGCAUACCCCUUCUACAUCGUGACCGAGUACAUGGAGAAUGGCAACCUGCUGGAGUACCUGAAGACCCACGGAGACGAGUGUCCCCCCUCCCGGCUCCUGGACACCUGCCUGGAUGUGUGCGAUGCCAUGUGCUACCUGGAGAGACAGCAGUUUAUACACAGGGACCUGGCUGCAAGAAACUGCCUGGUGCACAAGAAUCUCACUGUUAAAGUGUCAGACUUUGGGAUGGCCAGGUAUGUGAUGGAUGACCAGUAUACAAGCUCAGCAGGGACCACCUUCCCAGUUAGGUGGUCUGCACCAGAAGUUUUGAGCUACACCAGGUUCAGCAGCAAGUCUGACGUCUGGGCUUUCGGCGUGUUGAUGUGGGAGGUCUAUACCCUGGGCAAGCAGCCAUACGAGCCCCAUGACAACAAGCAGGUGGCUGAGAAUGUCAUGCGGGGUUGCAGGCUACACCGGCCCCAGCUGGCCAGCGAGAAGCUCCACUGUCUGAUCUCCAGCUGCUGGUAUCAGAACCCAGAGGACAGGCCGCCAUUUCAUCAGAUCUUCGAGGAUCUCCAAGCAUUUCAUGAGGACAGACAACACAUAGACAGCGUUUGGGAUAGCAGUGACAAAACAACUGAAGUCCAAAUCAUCCAUGCAAAACAGGAAUUAAACUUGUGACAGUGUGGUACGAAGAGCCAGUCUCACAAGACAGUCAGUAUAAUGUGACGGUCGUCACAAUAACGGAAAAGCUGUCAACGGUGUUUAUUUUCUCGCUUACACCAUAUUUCGCUUAGCGCAUGUUCACACAAUUUCGCUAUUUCUGAAUGCCAUUUUAGCUUCUCCCAAAUACAAAGGUGUGUCAAAUCCAGGUGUUUUUGACAGUGUCUUAAACUCCAUGUACCUUAAAGUCAUCACUGGGUGGUGAAUCGUUGGAUUGCCUGCAUUAUUUUCAUUUUAUAUAUUUUGUUACUUUGUCACUGUUUGUGUAUAAAUAUCAUGGAUAUUGUUGCCUGUUGUAUAAAGACAAACCCCCUGUU